AUUUAAUUUGCCUUGCCAAAAAUUUCAAAAUCAUAAUAAACAAAAUAGAUAAUUAUUCUCUAUUUGACAUAUGUCUAAAAUUUCUAUAAACUAAAAAUGAUUUAUGCCGAUAAUUGUUGUUGCUGCAUUGAAUUGAGAUGCGGCUGCAUAUUAAUUGCCAUUAUAGAUGUCUUAAUACGCGGUGUGGAUCGGUUUUUUGUAGAUCCUGAUACCUGGAUGGGUUUUGUUUCCCUUGUGGUAAGUGGAUCUUAUGCAAUUUGCUGCCUUCUACUUCUAUUGGGCGCUGUUUUGUAUGUAAGAUUCUUAUUGUUACCCUAUAUGUUGGUGGCUUUAAUACGGCUAUUCACUUUGAUUUGGUUGGCCAUCUAUGUGAUUAUGGAGGAUGACUUUUACGAUUAUGUUGUCUUUGAUGCAUUUCAAGCGGUUCUAGGUCUAUAUUUCUUUUUGGUGGUUUAUUCCUUUUACGAUCGUUUGUCCAAUGAAAUUUGAAAUAUUUUGAUUUGUAAAUUUUGGUUUUAAUAAUU